AUGAUUUAUAAAACAAUUGUGCAUUUUAAAUAUAUAUACAUACAAGAUCUCCUUUGUUUCCUUCAAAAGAAAGCUUUCAUUACUGACACUUAUAAAGGUAAACAAGUUGAAAGGAUGAAGAUAAGGAGAAUAGUUGCUUAUAGUCUAGCAACCUUGGAUAAACUUUCAAGUUCAAAUAAAAGGUUGAUAUCUACUUCGUUAGUACCAUGUAUGGAAAAUUCUCUGAUUACAGCGAACAGUUUUGAUGUUUCAUUCAAUGGUAACGAUAAUUCUCUACACUAUAAUGUUGACUUGGUUAACAACAUUGAAGGAUAUAUACAUGCAAAUAUUGAAAUAUAUGCGUAUGGUUUUAAAGUUGCGGAAGAAAAAUUAGACUUCUGUGAAAUGAAACUAAAGCAACUAUGCCCAAUCUAUCAAGGAAACCCUAGGAUUGAGGCCGUUCAAUAUUUACCAAGCAAUUACACUUCGAGAAUACCAAAUAUAGCCUAUUUUGUACCUGAUAUUGAUGCAUAUGCAGUAGUUAAAUUACAGAAUACAGAUAACACUGACGUUGCAUGUGUUAAACUAUUUUUUUCAAAUGGUAAAAGUGUCACACAUCUAGCCAUUCAAUGGCUCACUGCAAUUAUCACAGGCAUUGGGAUAUUUCUAACAGUGUAUUUAUUUUUGUUUAGUAAUUUAAAUACAUAUUCAAGUGUUUUGGCAAUUAUAUUAUCAAUUGUCCAAUACUUUCAAACUGUGCUGUUGGUUAGUAUGCAAUCUGUGAAUCGAGUUCCUCCCAUUGCGACAGCAUGGACAGAAAAUUUUAUCUGGUCUCUAGGACUUAUACCAGUCCCAUGCAUUCAAAAAAUAAUGAGAUGGUAUAUAGAGGCUACAGGAGGUGAUCCAACUUUAAAUUUGACGGCCACUAAAUCGUCAGUGUUAACCCAGAGAGGAUUAGAGUUUUUAAACAAGUUAGAAAGACGUUUAAAUAACAAGAUCUAUGAAAGUGAAAAUACUCUUCUAUUUAGAGGUGUUCAAAGAGUUGCAUAUAAAGUUGGAAUAGAAAACACAUCUAUUGCGGCAACUGGUUUCUUAUCAUUUUUAGGUUUUGGAAUUAUUAUUGGGAUAUUUGUUUGCUUUUGUAAGCUAAUAUCAAUAUUCUUAUUAAAAGGAAAGAAAUUGAAGCCUAUCCGUUUUCAAAGUAUUCAAAAUAAUUUUAAUGAUUUGUUUAAGGGAACAAUCUUAUUUUAUCUAACAAUAGGGUUUAUCCCAGUUACGAUAUUAGUAUUUUGGGAGUUUAUGCAUCUGGAUUCUCCUGCGUUAUUAACAAUUGCAAUCUUAUUAUUCCUUCUUAUGAUAGGAUCCAUAUCAAUUUCUUCAUUCAGAUAUAUAAGAAAUGGCAGAAUGUCUAAAGAAUUUUUUAGACACCCUGGCUAUAUAAUAUACGGUAACCAACAUAUACUGACAAGGUUUGGUAGCUUGUAUUGCAAAUUCAAAAUCAAAUAUUAUUGGUGGGGACCAAUAAUGUUUGCUAUUCUGUUAAUUAAGACAAUAAUAGUCGCUUUUCUUCAAAAAUUUGGUAAAGUUCAAGCGAUGCUUCUUUUCAUUACUGAUCUACUCUAUUUCGUUGUUCUUAUUAAAUGGAGGCCUUAUUUAAAUAUGUUGAACAACGUUGUUAAUCUAAUAAUAUAUGGGGUAAUCACGUUCAAUUCUCUGUCCUUUGUAUUCUUCUCGGAGUUAUUUGGCAACACGUAUUCUGUGUCAGCAAUAUUUGGAUGGAUAUUCUUUAUUUUAAAUUCGGCGCUCACCUUCUUUCUAAUGGUAACGAUUCUAGGGAUCCUAAUCGUAUUAAUGAUUCCUAAAGCAUCAAAAAUUAUUUUCCAAGAUUCAAUGGAUAACAGAAGUUCAUAUAAAUCAUUUGGUGAUGAGGAAGUGGACGAUUCCUUUAAUAAGGAAGGACUCAAGAAAGAAGGAAAAAUAGAAACAACAGCAGAAUUAUAUCCGGUUCAAAGCUAUGGAGUAAAUGACAGCAACAGUUUAAAUAUUGAUAUAGAAAUAUCACACAUUGACUUUGAUAUUAGUAGCAACACCGUAAGUAUUUCAACAGAUGGUCACUCUAGUAAUUUCCUAGAACUUCCUGCUAUUCCAAGAAGAUCACGUCGGCAGCUCUGGCCACUUCAUCGUUCCUAA